GUCAAAUUAAAUAUUCAAUGGGAUUAGAUAUCAAUUUAUUAAGAGAAGACAAAGGUGGAAACCCAAAUCUGGUGAAAGAAUGGUGCUAAAAAAGAUUUUAAGACCCGGCAAUAGUUGAUAAGGUUAUAGCUCUUGAUUAGGAAUGGAGAAAAGCAAGAUUUAAUCUUGAUCAACUUAACAAGGAGUAUGGUAUUGCCAACAAGAAGAUUGCUGAAAAGAAGAAGGCCAAUAAACAAGACCCAUGUGUUGAAGAAGUUGAAUUGGCUAAAACAAUAGAUCUUAAAAUCAAAGAAGCUUAAAAGAUUGAAUAAGAAUAAGAGAUUGUAUUAACCUAAACACUCAACAAAAUCGGAAAUGUAGUCCAUGAGUCAGUUCCAGUGUCCAAAGAUGAAGCUGAAAAUAGAAUUGAAGUAACUUGGGGCUAAAUCCCUGACAUUCAAGUCAAUAGCACUCCAGGCAGAUGUCACCAUCAUGAAGUCUUAUUUAUGAUUGAUGGUGUUGACCUUAAGAGAGGUUCUAAGAUAGCAGGCCAUAGAGCCUAUUUCCUUAAGGGACCGGGUCUCCUUUUGAAUUAAGCUUUGGUAAGCUAUGGAAUUCAAUUCCUAAAUCAAAGAGGUUAUACCCCAGUCUAAACACCCUUCUUCAUGAAAAAAACCUGUAUGGCUGAGACAGCCUAAUUGUCUGAUUUCGAUGACCAAUUGUACAAAGUUACUGGUAACCCAGAUGACGAAGAUCUCUACCUUAUUGCAACAUCUGAAUAACCUAUUUCUGCUAUGUAUAGAAAAGAAUGGCUUGAACCUAAGGAUCUACCAAUUAAAUAUGGUGGUAGUUCAACUUGUUUCAGAAAGGAAGCCGGAGCAUAUGGCAAAGAUGUUUGGGGAAUCUUCAGAGUCCAUUAAUUUGAAAAGAUUGAGCAAUUUGUCAUUUGCUCUCCUGAAGAAUCAUGGAAAUUCCACGAUGAAAUGAUUACUGCUGGAUAAGACUUCGUUAAAUCUUUGGAAUUACCUUACAGAGUAGUUAAUAUUGUUUCUGGAGCAUUAAAUGAUGCUGCAGCCAAGAAAUAUGAUUUGGAAGCUUGGUUCCCAGGAUAUAAGGAUUAUAGAGAAUUGUAAUCUUGUUCAAACUGUCUUGAUUACUAAUCCAGAGCUCUUGAAAUCCGUUUUGGGGCUAAAAAGACUGACGAGAAGGAGAAGAAGUAUGUUCAUAUGCUCAAUGCAACAUUGUGUGCAACAGAAAGAACUUUAUGUUGUAUUUUGGAGAAUUAUUAAACAGAAACUGGAGUUAAAGUCCCUGUCGUAUUAUAACCAUUUGUAGGCAAGGAUUUCAUUCCUUACGUAAAACCAUUACCUAAGAAGGAAGAUCUAGGUGCAUGAAUAACAUUAUAUACAAAAUAACAUAAUUCUAUAAAAUUCAUA